CUGAAAGGUCAAACUCUGGAUAGUCCUGAUGCAGAGUGUAUUUUUCAACGACGUUCGCUCAGAUCACACCAAGGAAUGUACUACACUUGAUUGAGUCUGCUUCUACUCUGGAUACGCAUUAUUCAAGAUGACUGAGUGACGUGAUUACAGAGUAAAGUGACGCAAUUACAGUGACUUUGUCAUGGCAUGGCCCGCAAGGAAUUCUCCCUGAACCAGACGUUUCCUAUGUUGUUCCUCAGAAAAAAGGAAGGUAUCACAAAAAACAGUGACUCUAACCAGUACAGACCCUCCGGCCGCCGUAGCAUUUCCGGCAAUGUCUUCACAAGGAAAGAAGUCAGAAUCCUCGAGCUCCUCUCUGACACCCAAUAAAGAGGAAUUUCAAGAAAACAGUGGACCUUAUUCAUCAUCAAGAAAAUUAAAAGCUACUUUCCUGGGAUCAGAAUGGGGAUCAUGUAAAGGAGGACUUUCCACUGUAAACAAAGAGUUAGCAAUAAACGUGGCAAAAAGUCCAGAGGUAGAGGUCACCUUCUUUGUUCCACGAUGCAAUGACGAUGACAAGAAAGCAGCUCUCGGUCACAAGGUUAAUCUUGUCAAGGCAAUUAGGCGGCCUGGUAUGGAUGAGUUGGCAUGGCUUAACUUUCCACCAAAAGAUUUACAAAUUGACAUAGUUGUUGGUCAUGGUGUCAAGCUCGGUCAUCAAGCACAAGUUAUACGGGAGUCACACCAAUGUAAAUGGGUUCAGGUUGUCCAUACUGCCCCUGAGGAACUCGGGAUGUAUAAGACAUAUUCGAAUCCAGUGUCAGUGAAUGAAAAAAAGCAUGAAACGGAAGUAGCUCUUUGUGAAAUGGCUGACUUUGUUGUUACAGUUGGACCCAAAUUGAAUGAGGCUUUUCGCGCCUACCUUCGCGGCUGCAAGGAAGAUCAAAUCUUUGAAUUUACUCCUGGCAUUUUGGCUGAGUUUUCUGAAGUCCAACAGGUUCUUGAUGACCGCAACAUUUUCCGAGUCCUUGUGUUUGGUCGUGGAGAUGCUGAAGAUUUUUUGUUGAAAGGAUUUGACAUUGCAGCUAGUGCUGUUGCAACCUUGAGUGACUGUCAUCUUCUUUUCGUUGGUGCACCAGAUGGAAAACUACAAGAAAUUAAAAAUCGUUUUCUCGAGUAUGGCAUUCUUCCCAACAACUUAACGGUAAGAAGUUUUCUACAAAGCCGGGAAGGUUUGAAAAAGGUGCUUUGCGAAGCAGAUCUUGCUGUUAUGCCCUCGAGAACAGAAGGCUUUGGUCUAACAGGUCUUGAAGCUCUAUCGGCUGGUCUACCCGUCCUUGUGAGCCGAAACUCGGGCCUUGGAGAGGCCAUGAAGAAAUUGCCAUUUGGUUCUUUGUUUGUGGUUGAUUCCGAGGAUCCCACGGUAUGGGCCAAGGCAAUCGAGGAUGUCCGAAAUAAAGAGAGAAGGGGCCGACUUCAGGAGUCCAAAAUAUUACGUACAUUAUACGAGACGAAGUACAGUUGGGAGAGGCAAAGUAAUUACCUCGUUGACAAAAUGGUCAGCAUGAUCAAUGAUGGUUCUGAAGCCUGUGAGAGCCCAGAAAGAACAGCGGUGCUUACCCAGCAAACACAAAUCAAGACUGCGCACGAUCCAGGUAUUUUAACCAUGGUGAUGAAAAUGAACAGAGUUGCAUUUCAAAAGGCAAAAAGCAGGGAUCCUGUGCAACAAGAGGAAGCCAAGCGGCUCAUAAUGAAGGAGAUGACGAAAUGCUUUCUUGAGACACAUGCAUCUCAAGUCCCAGCGGACAACUACCCUCUCUGCCUUGAUUACUAUUUAAAAGGAGUACUCGACUUAAUAGUAAAAGAUGCAACCGAGGGAAGUUUACUGAUAACAGUGGAGUGCAGGACUCUGGAAAUUCUCGAACGUCUGUGGGAAGACUACUGUUCUGGGAACUUGAAUGCAGAAGCCGAAGAACGCCUUUUGACAGAUGACAUAAAGAAACGAUUUAAUGUGGAAUCCAUUAAGCUGGAAACAACAAUUUUGGAAGAAGAUUACUUGGCUUGCAAACUGUUCCUAAUGGACAACUCAAGUGAGUGAACAAUGUGCAGCUUUAUGCCUUGGUUUACUUUAUGUAUUUGAUAUUCAAUAUUCCACAAUAUAUAGCUUACAGUAAAUUCCAAGGUAUGAUUUUCUCUUAGUGUUGUUUUUUUCUUUUCUGAUAUAUCGAAGCACAGCUCAGUGACCGCUGGAUGGUGGCAAUACGAAUAUGUUUAUAUUAAGAGCCUAUUUUCGUUCAUUCUAUACAUCUUCGGUUACAUAGAAAUAAAUUCGAUAUUCGAAACAUACAAAUCUCAUAUAUUGCCACUUUUUCUGCACCGGAUUCCUACAAAGUUUAUUUGACCGUGAACAUGUCAUUUUGAUGCCUUGUUUAUGGAAUUCAUAUGUAUUAUCUUAUUCAGUGUUAAGGCUGCCGCACAGUAGCCGAUUUUUUGUCAUAGAACUGCAGACUUUUUGUCGGUGUCAAAUCGGGUUUAAAUUUGCCGGGCCAUCAGCUUGCCGCAAAGUCCAACGGUUCAAAUCUGGAAAAGCUCCACCGCAGAGGUGAAAAUUUCAUCGCGCUUUUCAUCGCGCUUGGCU